AUGUUGGCUGACUUGGCUGUCACAACCGGAGAAGCAGCAAACCGUCGACGACGCGACGAAGAAGACCGUCGGAGACUUGACGAUGAAGAUCGUCGACGACGCAACGAUGAGGCAGCAGCACGUCGGCGACAGGAGGAAAACCCCAUGGUUCCGCUGGCAUUCUGUGAAAAGAUGGCCAUAGGAGUAGUACCAGCACCUGUUGUCACAGCUAUGCUAAAAAUCCAGGAAUCCGUGGUGGAUGUAACGAAAAUGUUGGCUGGCAUAGCCGUCAGCAAGACCCAAACAGCUCCCAUUGCCCCAACCGCCACCGCCGCAACCAACAAUGCUGCGGCAACGGCUUGGAAGCGCGACAUGUAUUGCCGAGUGAACAAGCCCAAUGACGCAAACAACGGACAGGUUGGCCAAGUCACCAAGUACGAAAAUGGCAAGGUCUCGUUCAAACCGAAGUCCCGUGCAGAGGUAACACAUCGCAAGCCGGACUUUCUAGAGCGCAUUGAUAAGGCCGCUUAUGACAGCGCUUAA